AUGUCUUCCAACGACGAAGAGGAGCUUGAUUUGAAUGUCAUUCCCGUCGACAGCUUCGCAAGCGAUGGGAAUAUGAAUACCUGGCCCACAGGGCCUCCAUACAAAGAGCGCGAUGACCAACGUUGGCGUGCAAAGCUGGCCACAUAUUGGCUCAAAGAGAUGGGUUCCCUUGAAGACGGUGCAAGCUACACUUUGGACAAACUUCCUGAGGGAUAUUGUUUGUUUGAGAAACCAAACAUGAAAAAUCAACGACAAUUCAAUCCUGCUUUAUUUGGGCAUCCAAGUGGCAGGUUCUUUGUCUCCCCGAACAAUUUCCUGGAACAUUUCCUUUCCCUGAUCGGAAGUACGCUAGGUACUUGCAAAUGCAGUCCGUGUCAAUCGAUGUCGACCGCGAUCUCCGGACAAGCGAGGCCUGGUCGGAAGCCCGGCAGACCUCCCAGAACUAGUGAACAGCCAAAUUCGCGCCUCCCUGGUGACGAGGAUGGCCCCGACUACUGGAAAAUUCUGGUCAUCAAGUUGAAACACCAAGGCCAGGUCGACGAAGAGAUCAAGCAAAGCUCCAAUAUUGACUGGUUCCUCACGAACGAGGAUCUCUCUGAUUACUUCAUGAAACUGGUGAUAGAUCCCGCCUAUGUUCCCCGACGGGGUGAAAUUGUUCUGUGGAUUUGGUCAGACUUGGACGGCUGCCUCUUGCUCAACCCUGCUACCGGUGCAAUCGAAGUAUUCGGAGAUGACAACCAGUGGCAUGGUCCUCCCGAGUGGCGCGCCGGCGUGGUCACACAGACUCCCACUGACGAAGUUCAUAUGGUCGAUAUUGUCGACAAUGAGGCUACCUCGCAAGAGCUAAGCAAUUCUGGGUUCCGUGUGGAAACUUUGCCAGACCCACUAGGCAAAGACAAGUCGUAUUCUCGACAGUAUUCCUAUGUCCCAUUGCGCAGAAUCAAGCCUUUCAACUCUUGGCAAAACUUCCUUGGAGCCUUACAGCGCGAGGAUGUACAUCCCUCCAUUGAAAAUGCCAUGACGGUCAUGUCAUCCAUGAGUCUGGUUCACAAAUUCCAUGCCAAGGGUCAAUUUCCUUCACUUUCUAUUUCAUGCAAGGGCAUCUUUAUCGGUGCCGAGCUUCUGGCAGUGCAUGACACAAUCCGCCUCAAACCACAAGGCUACAAGUACAACCAGUACAAAGUCCAUGGGACAGGCAAAGUGACUGAUGUAAUGGUCAUUGAAACAAUCACCCUCGAGCUCUCCAACUGUGUCGACAACCCAGACGACGCGCAGCUUGCACAACAAUACACAGCCUUGCUGACGGGCAAGGCGUUCACCACCAACCCAGAUCGCAGUAUCUGCGGUGGGCCGUUUGCAAAAAUCGAUUCUAAACCACUGAGCAGUGAAGAGGCGACCGCGACUUUCAGACAAGUGGGAAUGAGUGACUACGGCCCCUGGUAUCCUCUGGCCGAUGGCAAAACAUGCAGCGUCUCUCCCCACCAUGUCAUUGGCCGUUGCUACGAGCCUCUUGCAGCUGAACUCAUGUUCGGCAAACAUACAUUCGGCUAUGACCUUUCAAGUGUAAUGGAAGGCCGCAAUUAUUCUGAACAGGUGGACCACCGCAUGCCUGUCGGACACACCUGGUUCUGGGGUGACAGCCGCGUCGAAACACUGGGUCUAACCGAGAUCAAUGGCGUGGAGUGUGGUGUCUCAGCCUCGCAGCGCGAAACCCCCGAACAAUGGCAAGCAUUACUCAAAAUUGCCCGGGGAGAAGGAAAUGCCAAACUUCGAAAGAUUGCCGCUAUUCCCAGCUCUUCUGGGCGUCCACAUGGGUCUAAGAAUAAAGAAACGCCCACGUCUAACAGUGGCUUUGCGGGGGUUGCGUCGACCAGUAAAAUGGUUAGCUCUGCUAUCGGAGGCGUCCGUCUGGAUUCAUCGAAUGAGGAUAGCGAAAUGACCGAUGACAAUGCUGCCCUUGAGCUUACUGACCUUAUGCGAGCAGUGAAAAGUGACAGUGAGGAUGAAGAUUACCAGUAA